ACAGCCAUUGUUUGUCCCGUCCAUCAGCGCUCGCACGCAGCCGCGGACGCCGUCUCCGAAGGGGCGGCGAACGCGGCCGAACCUCCGUCGGCGCUCUUCUCCGACCGUCGGUCUCAGUAUCGUGUUGACAGUGACGCUGAGUAGGCGAUUCCGGGAGCCCGCUAGCCUGUCCCGGUUUCUAUUACCUUAGUUUAGUCGUAGUUGAGCAGAUCGCAGUCACUCAGUGCUAUGGAGCCGCAGAACCAGGAGAUCGUGGCCAGCGGCUCGCCUGCGGAGGUGCCUAACGAUCCGGGGAAAAUGUUCAUCGGGGGACUCAGCUGGCAGACUAGUCCAGAAAGCCUAAGAGAAUACUUUAGUAAAUACGGCGACAUAACAGAAGUAAUGGUAAUGAAAGAUCCUGCCACCCGGCGGUCGAGCACAAAUUGCGACGGGUCUGCCGUCUUCGGCGUCGACAGCGUCACCAGAUUGUUCACCCCCAGGGGCUUUGGAUUUAUCACCUUCACCGACCCGGCUAGCGUAGAUAAGGUUUUAGCCCAAGGCACUCACGAACUAGAUGGCAAAAAGAUUGACCCCAAAGUAGCGUUUCCAAGGAGAGCACAUCCAAAGAUGGUAACCAGGACGAAAAAAAUAUUCGUCGGUGGAUUAUCAGCGCCCACUACCCUAGAGGACGUCAAAAGUUAUUUCGAACAGUUCGGUCCGAUCGAAGAUGCAAUGCUUAUGUUCGAUAAGCAAACAAAUCGACAUAGGGGUUUUGGGUUUGUCACAUUUCAAAGCGAAGAUGUUGUAGAUAAAGUUUGUGAAAUCCAUUUCCAUGAGAUUAACAAUAAAAUGGUGGAGUGCAAGAAAGCGCAACCAAAAGAAGUAAUGCUCCCCGCCAACUUAGCGAAGACAAGGGCGGCUGGCCGGGGCGCUUACGAUUUUAUGUGGUCACUUGGGGCUCUUCCUGACGGUUUUCCGGCAGCCGCAUACGCGGCCUACGCGGCCGGUCGAGGUUACUCGGGCUACCCUAGUUUCGGACUACCGUACCCAACAGUGGACCUAACCAACGGACAACUGACACCUAACAAUAACACCCCACUAUUGACUCAGGCCUUGUCAGGGUCGUCGGGUGCCAGUUGGACGCAGCCUUCCGGAGCCGACCAGACAGCACCACCACAACCCCACUUCUCGGUUUCCUUUGCAGUGAUGAAUAACUACCAGGCUGCGGCGGCGGCAGCGCAAGGUUUCGGACCGCCAGCUUCGCCACAUGCAGCCAGCACACGUGGAGGAUUUCCCGCUGCCAACUCACCUGGACCGACCAUAGACAUGUAUAACAGCAGCGCGGGGGACAGUGUGGGCUAUGUGCAGGCCGCUAGCCCACAGCCCUCCAGCUUUCCGGCGAUCGCCGUCAGCAGGGCCCCUCUCAACUACAGUCCGGGUCCCCUAAUUCCUGCUGCGUUUACCAACGGCUAUCACUGAGCUCGAGGACUGUCUAGUGUUGUGUGACUCGACUCGGCAGCUACUGUGAUGUCAUCACAUCUGCACUUGUACAUUCACUUUAUGUGUAUAAUAUAAUAUAUUAAUAAUAAUAAUAAUGUAGCACCCCGCCAGGCGCGGCCCACUUGUUGUUGUAAUGUUUGGUGUCAGCGUCCCGCUUCGCCGCCCUUCGGUAGCCGCCGAGUGUGGUGACCCAUUGCAGAAAUAAAAAAAAGUAUUUGGGACACAUUGUCACCACCCUGUAUAAUGUUCCUACGACCCGCCGCAUUAUAGAUAUUUUCGAUUUCCUUUUUAAUGCACACCCGGUAUAGUUAGUUGAGUGCGGUGCGGUUUCGUGAACGGUGUUUUGUAUUUCUUCGCUGCCAAAAAAUUUUGAGUGUGUGGUCGUUUUUGAAUUUAGUUCUUGGGUUGUUUUGUGAUGACGAUUACUCGACGGCUUCCGAAAACGCGGCUUCCCCACCAAACACAGGCACUAUUGGUUACGUCUUGCGUUUCUUACAUAUGAUAUAUUACAGGGUAUCUUAAAAUGGGAUACAUUAUCCUCACAUAUUAUUAUAAUUAAGGACCAACGAGGCAAUGUCGGCAAUACAUUCAUUUGGCGCAUUGCCGUGGUAAAUUCUAUUAUUUUUAUCUUGAGUUCUUUAUUCGAUAGUUGUUUUUAUAUGAAAUUUUAUUUCGUCAUAGGUCGUCUGAUAUGUUAUUUAUACGAAAAAAUGAGAACAAAUUAAGUGUAAGUUUUUGUGUUGUCCGACACAUAGUGUGUUGCGCGAUUAAUGUAUACAACCACUAAUUGGAUAAUUUAAGGAAUUUGUAUAUAAUUAUUAUUGUUAUUUGAUUCGGUGGGUCGGAUCCGGGCCGGGUCGGAGGCGGCGGCUCCACUUGACGAAAAACAAAAAACCAAAAAAAAAACUACUCCCAGAAUCAAUUGGAUCACAACACGUUCCCGUUUCUGUCGGGUCCGAUGCGCCCCACCGGCGUCUGUGUAGCUUGUAGAGUCCUAAACGUAUUCCUCAUGUAAUAUCCUAACCUUAGAUCUGUCUAAUUGUUAGUAUAGGCCAGAUCAAUUUAAAGUAUAUAUUAUAUAAAUGUUUCCUGUUAUUAAGUGAAUAUUCUAUAAUGGUGGGGCGACGGUGGUGUCGGUGCGCCCGUCGCAAGCACCCGCAUGCGGCCGCAUUUAGCAAAAUCUAACCCGUAUUGAAAUUAUUGUGAUCGCCACGAGAUGUCGUCAUAGUUAAAUUAACUCCGCGGACGCAACCGAGCACGUCCCGUCGCCCCGCAGUGUCCUCCAUGUGAGUUAUAUGGUGUGUUAUGAUUUUAUUGUUUUUAAGUUAUAUAUUUCGCCGGUAGGCUUGUUAAAUGAAUAUUAUCAUUGUUGUCUGACUGACUGCAAUUGCUUGUCUCCUCAGUACAAAUACACCACGAUAUAAAUUAAUUACAUAAAUAUAGUUCGAAUGUAGGAAAUGGAACAUAGUGGCCGAGUAUCGUCCGUCCGUCAUGCCAGAUACAUCUGGACGCGGCUUUAGGCGUGACGUACGAACGCUUAUUUAGCUAUUCGAAUUGUCGCAACGAUUGACCGUAGUUGAAUAUUAAUUGUAGUGGGUAGGCGCGCGUUUCCGUGAAAUUGUGCGAUUUAUUUAUUGAACCUCCACAGAGGUUACGCGAUGCUAGCAGCUAGGAACCGACAUUCAGAUUUAAUGACACGUCACCGACGCUCCACAUCCAAUUAGUAUUAUUAUGCAUAGGUCGCAGGUCUGGCCCGGCGAACGUACAAUCACCAAGUAUUAACUGACAAGACAAAAAACAAAAUAUCCGGCGUUAAGCUGCGUCACCUUGAUCUUUCAGCCCGCCAGAACUAGAAGAUUCAAGUCCCAUAGAUAGCACGUAGAGAUUUCGGUUCUAUUGCUUUACAGAUUCGGUAAAAUCGAUUCAAUCCGCUGGUCUGUGGUAUAUUUAGAAUAGUUCAAACGUUAAUGACGAAUCGGCGUUCGUUUUGAACUUUGGCCCAGUUGGUCGUCGGUGUGUCGUUUGCCGGACCGUUCGUAUUCAUCGUCGCGUAGGUCGCUUAAGUUCGUCGAAAGUUCCGUCGUCCUCGAUUGUCAAUUAAAGGCUAGUUCAGAGAAUUUCCGUGGUAGUCGUUGGAUCUGCAUGUCGGCGUAAAUAGGAAUAUAGGAUUCGACCGACGGAUGGGCAGUCGCCUUCCGUCCAAGUUUGGUGAGAAUUGACCAAAGGUAUAAAAUGUCAAUACUAAUGUCAAUACCGUGACUGCGUUUUUAUUUUGGUAAUGCCGAAGUAUUUUAAUGUCAAUCCAGAGCAAUACGGUAAGUGUAGGUAGGUUAAAACCAAAAAUAAGUUUUCAUUUAUAUAUUUUGAUAUCUGUAAACUGUGUUAUUGCAUUAAAUGGUAGGGAUAAGUUUAGAAAAAGACACCACAUGGGUCGACUCAGGGAAUUUUAAUGUUUUUCUUCCACCAUCUCGCUCGAAAUCUCGUUCGGUUGUUAAUCUCUGAUUUAAGGUGCGCGCGCGAUGAUCAAAUUCAAAGAUUGGCCUAAGCCCUCUUCAAAUUCUCUUAAUUAUUGUUAUCACCGUGAAAAACUAGCCCGAGAUCUUGGAGGAACGCGAUUAAAAAUUCAUCGACCCAGUAGCCCAAGCUUUAACAUGCAGAAGACACGUCCGGUGUCGUGGACACACAUUUUGACCGAAUGUGCGGCCACGACGGCGGCCAAAAAGUCUCCACUGAGCGUUGGUCCGCGAUUUGGGCACAUUCCAGCAGCGCAUUGCACCGCCUCACGUACACCAACAUAUCAAAAGGCCGGUCGCGGGCCCGUUCGGACCUUCAAAGAGGGACACGUCGAGUUGUUCAAAUUUUUAUUGUCGUAUGUAUAGUUUGUAUUUUAUUCGCGGUGGUGCUAAUCGGCCAAAGUAUAGUACAUAUAAAAAAACAAACAAAAAAAACAGACAAAAAAAACGUUGCGGUUGUUAAUUUAGUGUUAGGUUGCUUGGCCCAGCGGUCCCAGACUCGCGUGGAACACGACAACAUGUAGCUUGUUUUGAUAUUAUUGUUUGUUGUAGACGAUUACGACAUAAUAAAAUAUACUCGGUAUUUGUUGUAGAAACUUAGCACUCCUAUCUCGAAAGAAAUCGAUACCACUUAUUGUGAAAAGGGGGGCGACAAUUAUGACAAAGCUUGACACCUUCAUUAAAUAAAACUUGUAAAAUCAACUGAGAACUUUAUUUUAAAGUCAGGUGGACUUUUAACAAAAACAAGUAUACGGAGAUUUUUUUGUGGUUAUGAGUUUUUAGGUGAUGUCUCGGUCGUGUUGAAUGUGCUGACGCUUCGAAAGCGAGGUUAAUCUUGCUCCGAAGAAGAAAGCAAUAUACGUCGAAACGUCAACAGAUUCAACACGGUCACCAUUGACGUUACCGGGAAACCCGCGAAAACUUAGUUUUUUUUUUUAGAUACUUUAUCUUCCAUUACGUGUAAUUGGUGCUAAAAUUGUUAAGUAAUAAAAGUAGGGUUGAAGGUAGGUCGUAUUCUGGGCGGCGUGUCGGUCAGUUUGGAGCGAUUGGGCCGUAAUUAAUUUUAACAAAAGGAAUAAAACGGGGUUGUACUUAAUUGUUGUUGCGAGAGUCGGCGUGUCCCUUUGUCCCUUAGAGGCUAGAAUAGGAGUUAUUAGUCGUUUGUAACGUAUUAUUUCCCAAACGGAAUAUUAUCUCGACAAUAUUGAUUCACACUGUGAAGUUUUCAGUUGUAUGAUUAAAACUAUAUAUCGUGGGCCUUAUACUAUACACUGAAAAUUAAAUCGUGCUGUCCAAAAUUUUAUUAUUGUAUUUACUUUUGAUCUUGCAAGCGUAUAUAGUUUUAGGGGUGGACGCAGGUAGUUUAGAUUGAAGUCGCGCCGCCCCCCAUCUUUUGUAUACUUAAGGCGCCCCGCGCUCUUUUGUUGUGUUACUUUCAUACGUACUUUAGGAUUACGUUAUUGAAUGUAUACAAGCUGUAUAUAUUGAUAUUAUGAUAUACAUACAUAACAUAUACUCUUAAUUAAUUAAGCGGUAGCGAGUGGUACGGUGCCGCCACGAUAUGUAUUAUGGCACCCGCCCUGUCCCUGUGUUGCAGCCCCUGGUCCAUCCGCGUCGGGGCUCGGGCCGGUCCGGUCCUGUCUGUGGCCCUUCGUAUAUAAUAUUUAGUGCAGUCCUAGUCUCGGUAGAGCGGCCAACCGCGGACCGGCCUGCGCCCCGACGCUCAGUGUUACGUAAACUCAUUGUAUUACAGCCGAACGGCUUCUGCAAUAAAAAAGCAAUAACCAUAUUCCUUCUGUGGACGCUUUUGACUUUUACAUUAAGAAAAAAUAUAAUAAUAAUUAUUAUUAUUAACAAUUACUGUAAGUACGUACUUUAUGAACAAGAUUUUACACUAUGAUAAUAAUGAUGAAGGCGAUGGCAUAUUGCUAUUUAGAAUGAUUGUACAGAUAUAGAGUUUGUAACAUAAGAUGAAAAUUAUGUUGUUCAGAAGACGAGGGGCCGUCAAAAUUAAGAUGGCCGCUCGCAUUAUGCUCUUGUAGCGCUCGGCAACGGCCCGGGCCUUCAUGUAUAUCUAACUACACGUUCUUACAAUGUACAUAUAAUUAUUACAAGAUAAGACAAGGUUCACAACGUGCCGUGUGUAUGUGGGAUAAAUAUAAUAUGGACAUUGUUCAAAAUAAAA